GGAGGCGUGGGCUGGUGACAGGAGGCGGGCCUGGAGCCGCAAGGGUGCCCUGAGCGAGCAUGGGAUAUAAAAGAAGCGUGAUGGGAAGCUGACCGGCGAGAGCAGAAGUGGGGCACAGGAUGAGGGGCGCGGGUCAGGAUAGCAGGGAUGCAAGAUGGGAGAAUAACGGCUGUACACAUUUGGCCGGCACUUGGCAGUCUGCUCCCUUUUAGAUUCCCCUAAUUUCCUCCUUUGGUUGAAGAAAGCGAGGUUCGGAGGGGUUAGGUGGGUGGGGGACCCGGGGCGCCCGGGGUCGCUGGGCUGCGGGGGAACCCGCGAGUGCGGGGACAAGGUGUCCGCACGUCCGGCCGUCCAUCCGUCCGUCCCUCCUGGGGCCGGCGCUGACCAUGUCCAGCGGCUGCCGCUGUCUACAUCUCGUGUGCCUGUUGUGCAUCCUGGGGGCACGCGUUCAGCCUGCCCGAGCGGAUGACUGCAGCUCCCACUGUGACCUGGCCCACGGCUGCUGUGCGCCUGACGGCUCCUGCAGGUGUGACCCAGGCUGGGAAGGGCUGCACUGUGAGCGCUGUGUGAGAAUGCCUGGCUGCCAGCAUGGUACCUGCCACCAGCCCUGGCAGUGCAUCUGUCAUCUGGGCUGGGCAGGCAAGUUCUGUGACAAAGAUGAGCACAUCUGUACCACGCAGACCCCCUGUCAGAAUGGAGGCCAAUGUGUCUACGACGGGGGAGGCGAGUACCACUGUGUGUGCCCCUCAGGCUUCCAUGGGCGUGACUGCGAGCGUAAGGCUGGACCCUGUGAGCAGGCAGGCUCCCCAUGCCAGAACGGCGGACAGUGCCAGGAUGACCAGGGCUUUGCUCUCAACUUCACCUGCCGCUGUUUGGCGGGCUUCGUGGGUGCCCGCUGUGAGGUCAAUGUCGACGACUGUCUGAUGCGGCCUUGUGCCAAUGGUGCCACCUGCCUAGAUGGCAUAAACCGCUUCUCCUGCCUCUGCCCUGAGGGCUUUGCUGGACGAUUCUGCACCAUUAACCUGGAUGACUGUGCCAGCCGUCCGUGCCAGAGAGGGGCCCGCUGUCGGGACCGUGUCCAUGACUUUGACUGUCUCUGCCCCAGUGGGUAUGGUGGCAAGACUUGUGAGCUCAUCUUAUCCGUUCCAGAUCCUGCCACCACCACGGACAUCCCCCCGGGGCCCACCUCUGCUGCAGUGAUCCCUGCCACAGGGCCUGCCCCCCACAGCGUGGGGGCGGGUCUGCUGCGCAUCUCAGUGAAGGAGGUAGUGCGGAGGCAAGAAGCAGAGCUAGGCCCAUCUAGCCUGGCGGCCAUGGUGGUAUUUGGGGCCCUCACUGCCACCCUGGUCUUGUCCACUAUGAUGCUGACCCUGAGGGCCUGGCGCCAGGGUCUCUGCCCCCCAGAACCCUGUUGCUACCCUGCCCCCCACUACAUCCCGGCGCGCCAGGACCAGGAAUGUCAGGUUAGCAUGCUGCCAGCAGGGCUCCCCCUGUCGCCUGAUCUGCCCCCUGAGCCUAGAAAGACCACAGCACUGUGA